AUGAAGGAAAGGCAAAACUGUAAGGAGAAUGGCGGCGCGCGCGCCUCGAAAAAAAAGACGUACAAACAGAAGCAGGUAAAAUAUAUGAUUUUGAAAAAACUGAAAAGGAAAAUGAAGCAGGGACUGCAUAAGCUAGAGGAGCAACACGAACAUUUAGGGAAACUAUUGUCCAAUUUAAAAACGCUAAAGAUUGAAGAGAGUAAUGCGGUAGCACUGCACAGCAUGACGAAGGAGUUAACCAGACAUAUCAGACGAGUCAGUGAGGAGAACAGUGAUGACAUAGCAAUAUUAAAGAUGGAAAAGGAUUUAAUGAAAGCAAAUUUUACAAAAAAUAAAAAUAGUUUAAAAAUUUACAACAAGGACGAACUACAGCUACAACGAGAAGCAGAAGGAGACGACGCCGCCGAAGCAGAUGAUGAGGAGCAGCUUGAAGAGGACGCUGAAGAUGAGGAAGAGGACGAACAUCACCCCAAUCAUCAACACCAUCAUCAUCAUCAACAGCAUGGGCAGAACGACCAUGAGGAGAGGCAGAUGGAACAUGAAGAUGUGUGCAGAACAAUAAGGCAUGAUAGAAGGAAGAAAAAAAAGAGGAGGAGUACUAACGCAAAUUCUUCUCAUCAUUUUACAAAUUCGUUCAUUCCUCUGCAAAUUUUUAGAGACAAUUGCCUUUGCAUGAAAAAUAAGUGUCAUCAUGUUGAAUUUUCAAGUGAAAAUCUCCAAAUUAAAAAUUGGAUUUUUGCUGAUUUGUAUCAAGCCUUGCUCCGAAAUAAAUACUAUAAAGACACACACCUGUGUGGAAAGAUUUUUGGCGAAGAAGAUAAUAAUGCCAUUUACAGACAAGAGAUGAGGAGGAUGCGGAAGAAGAAGCUCCUCUUAAAUUUCCUCAGUCGCAAGAGGAAGAGUAGGAGUAGGAAAGCGGCGCCACCAAAGGGGCCGCAGCUGGAGGAGGGUGAUCAUGGAGCACAGAGCAUCGGGGACAGUUACUCUUGCGCGUGGGACCAAACCAGUAGCGCACCUGCAAAGGGUACCAGUGAAAGAGGAACCCCGACGAGUUGUAAGCAUGAGAGAAAAUCCCUCCCAUACCAAAAUACCCCUAUGUGCAAUUUGUCCAGCCUAAUAGACGAUCAAAGAAACAGAAACAUCUGUUGGAUCAGCAUGAAGAAGGAGAUAAAUGAAGAGGUAUCGAAAAACAACAUCAACAUUAUGACCGUUAAUAUCUUAACCUUUCUAGUGAGCAUAAGUAAAGUUUUUUCCUGCCAAGUAAUUGAAGAGAGAAGGGAAAAACCAGUGACAAACCAUUUUACUGUAAAUAAAAAAAUGAACAAAUUUUAUGAUUAUACAGUAGCUCAGGAAUAUGAUCUGAUGAACAUUCAUCAUUCAGGGGGUAAUGGCCAUAGGACCACUGUCCCCAUGAUCAACACGCACGAAAUGAGGAAUUCGCAUCAGAGCUACGAGGUGGGAGACAACCAUAUUUGCCUCUACCUUAAGAGGGAGUACAUUCCCUCAUACUUGCUAAAUUUAAAGAAGAAAAUUAAAUUAAUUUUAAAUUUUGCCUCGAUGGGUGAGUUGUGCGGUGGAUGUGAAGUCCACGAGGGUGAGCAGUACUCAGAGGAGAAAUCACCAAAUGAGCAGGAUAGACGACCCUAUGGAGGAGGGAUGUCCCGCCCCAUGGCGUACCUCACUGCGAGACUAGAGCACGACGGGGGAAUAAUUCAGAGGUACAGGAGCCUGUUUUUGAAGAAAAAAAAACCGAAACGGAAAAAAAGUGGAAAACGUAAAAAGUGGGAAAACAGUGGGGAAAACGGUGGGAACGCAAGUGGAUGCGGAGAUGAAAGCGGGACCUGCACGAUUAGCGCCUUUGACGACAACCAUCACUUUAAUAACACCUUUUUGAGCGCCCUUCUCAGACAAAACCUCAGCGAAAAGAAGAAAUACUACUAUUUUUACGUUGACAAUGUUGAAUAUGAUCACACGGGUUACGACGUGGAAGACAUAAUUACCCACUUAGAGAAGGUUGUGAAUAAAUGUGAAAGGAACUGCUCCAACGGUGCAACCUUUUCUCCAUUUUUUCUCUUGAAUUACAUGAGCAAGAAAUACUCCCUGUACUCCAGCAAGGGAAAAAAAAAAAAAAAAAAAAUUAAAAGUAAAGCUUACCAUGUGAAGGAGGAAAGAUACGCAGACUGGGUGUACCAAGGAAUGGGCGAAAUUGAAGAGGAAUGCAUGAAAGGAGGGAAAGGAGCAGGUAUGAAGGGAGCCUCCCAAGUGAGAAAAAACAAAACUAAGGGUAAGGGAAAAGUGAAAGGCGAAACUGAGAAGAAAUACCAAGAUGAAAACCUCCCCGUCAAUGAGGAAUACAUUCUGAACGGAUUGAAAGGAUCAGCAACAACAGGGGAUGACGACAUAGAGACAUACUACUUGACCAUCAACAGGGACAUGCUCAGCCACAGCAGUAGCAACGACGAAGUGACGCUGAAAUACUACGUGACGAAUAUGCAUUGCAGAGAGUUUAAUCUUGAAGAGGGGAGCCAAGACAUGCCAAGAAAUAUUCAGCCCACUUUUUUUUACUAUGCCCAGAGAAAAAAAGAGCUAGAAAAAAUGAUGAAAGAACAUAGCGCUUUAUAUAAACAAAUAUUCAAAAUGUGGAAAGAAGAUAUUGAAAUCGGUGAGAAAGAAAGAGAAAGGAAGAAUAUUUUUGCGUGGGGAAUUUUACCUGUACGUGCAUAUGAUCACCCGAACAUCUUCGUACCGCUACCAUAUGGAUUUAAACACAACAAUAAGAAUUUAGCAUACAGCUCACUUAAAUUGAAAGGUUCCUCUGCUGAGGAGGAAGAGGAAGAGGAUGGCCAUGACAAUUAUGAUGACCAUGCAUACGGUGGGGAUGAAAAUGGGAACAUGAUGGAGAAAAAGGAAAAGGAAAAGAAGAAAGAUUAUAUGAAUAUAAAAUAUGCUAAUUUGACUGGCCCUUGUAUUACAUGGCGUAAAAAUUGUAUCUCUCUUAACGGUUCAAAGAAGAGGAGAAACCCCCAUUUUGUGGAGACAGUUCCCUACUGUUACUGCAUGCAGGGAUCUAAAAUACCGCUCUUUUCCCUUGAAAGGAAUGUGCUCUACUGUAAUGAGAACAAUAGGUCUGUUGUGCCGGAUCGUCUGAUCACCUGCAAGGAAUCGAGGAGUAAUAACCUCUUCACUUGCAAAGACGCGGAGAACGAGAAAAAUUUCAUUUGGGACAAGCAGGAGAUCAAAAUUUUCCUGGAAAAGUAUUUCCUUUAUCCAAAGAAUUUCGAAAAAAUCAGUCAGUACUUAGAGUUUAAAAAUACAAAACAGUGUAUAGAUUUUUACUAUAUGACGAAAAACUUUUUCAACUUCAAAAGUUUUCUCCUGACCAUAUCAUUGAGCAGAGUGAAGAGAAAUAAAAAGAAUCGACCUAUGGGUAAUGACACAACGAAGAAGAAUUCCAAGGAAGAAAUUGUCGCCCAGUUGAUGGAAAAACUGGAGAGAUAUUAUGACCCAAGUGAAUUUGAGCAGUCAAAUUUUUUUCAUCCUAACUUUAUCAAUCUUCGGCACUUCUUUCAAAACUAUUUCGCAAAAACAUUUAGUGAUGUGCAGAGCAGCACAGCCGGAGGGGGAAUAUCAUCAGCAGGAGUAGUAGAAGAGCGAAGUGGGGAUCAUGCGCGCACGACCGGUACAUCCCCCCCGAUGAGUGAAGGCGUCACCACCGUACAGAAUAUGGAUGGAGAGCCAGAUGGAGCCGCGACUGAAAGGACCAAAACCAUUGUACUUGAGAAUAUGGCCGACGGGUAUGUUGUGCCAAAGAAUUACAAGUUCAUUCUUAGCGCAAACAAAAAACUAUGUUUUCUGGUGAAGAAUGAGGAGAACUUAAUUUACAGUGGAAUAAAUUCGGAUAUCAUCGAAAUAGUGUAUAAUGACAAUAUGGACGGAGAGAAAAAGAAGAGGAAGAACGAAAAGAGUGACAAAGGCGAGAGGGGUGAGAAGAAGAAGAAGGUGGAAACCACAAGCAGAAUGGACAAAUUAGACAGUGUGUCGUUCCCCUCGCAAAACGCGUCUCAGUUUACGCUUGACAAAGAGACACUAUUAGACAAUCAACAGCCAAGCACGGCCACGUGCAGUAGUAUGAUCACCACGUCACCCCCCAGUAACAGUAACGAGGUGAGUGAGAGGGUUGUUGGUGAUGAGGGGUUGUUCAAUCUGGGUAAUAACCCCCCUCAAAAAGGCUUUAGUGCAUCCGUAACUGGUGAGGAAUUUACCCCCACAGUGGAAGAAGAAAAGGCCCCCCAUUGGCAAAUUUUAAAUUCAAAUGGAAUGAAUAAUUUGGAAAAACCACAAAGGGAUAACCAAGAAAUGCACAGCGAACUCAUGAACUUCAACAGUGAAGAGAAAACGCACCACCCGAGGGAAGGUGGGAAAAAUAACUUUCAAAAAGGAGAACCCACAAGAAGGGGGAUAGGAAUCUGGGAGCAUGUAAAUGAAAGAAGAGACAAGGGGUCCAUUGCAUAUAAUUGCAACGUGAAUUUUAACAGGGAUGAUUAUAACCCAUUUGGCGAAAACGGCCAGGUGGUAAACCUCCGGAGGUGUAGCGCGAGUAGUAGCAAACGGUGUGACAAUAAUAACGACGGUGAUGACGAAGACGAUGAAGACAAUGACGAUGAUGAUGAAGAUGAAGACGAAGUGGGAUCCCUUGUUCGUUUGAGGGAAAUGAAAGCCCACGAUAUACAGAACAUUGAUAGUAGGAGUAGCAGCGUGUUAGGGGUCUACCCUCCACCGAGCAACGACUGUGAAGUGAUCAGGAGAGUAUCUUAUCCUAACUCAAACGACAGCAUGAACAACCCAUUCGAAAGUAAUGUUAAAAUUGAGACCUCUGAAGAGAGCCUAUACAAAUGCUUCGAAUUCUUAAAAAACAUAAACUGGAAGGACACAAGGAAUGUGGAGGCAGAUAAGAGUAAAAAUGGUGUGCAGAUGGAGCCCAUGGAAAUUGGGAGGUACUCAGGUGCCCCCAUAACUUUGGAAGGUAAGAUGAAAAGAGGGUCCAGAAAAAAUAGCAUUCAGAGUAAUGAUGGCGUGUAUCUACAGAAGGAGAAAAAUGUAAGAAGAAAGGAUAUAAUUCCUGCGGGGAAAUCCAAAGGAGGAGCAAGAAAAGACAACACCCUUGUGGGGGAAAUAGGUCAAUGGGAAGAAGGAUCCACGGGUCAGAUUUUUCAUGGGAGGAAUCAUAGCGGUAAAAAGGGCAAGACAUCGGUGAACCAAACGUGGGUGAACUCCACGACGAAGCGGAGGCUCUCAAAUGUGUUGAGUUCGAAUGGUGUAACGGAAGGAGCAGGAGCAGGAGGAGGUGGUUCAGGUUCAGGUGCAAGGGCUGCGAAUCUGAAAAGUGCGGAACUUAAGAGGAAUUUAAACAUUAAUCCGGACUGUGAAAAAGCUCUUAAAAGGAAAAAAUCGUCCAACGCCCAGAUGAGCGAAGAGGGGCCUGUAGAGCAGGCCACAUGGGACAAAUGGGCUAUCAAUGGUAGCGAGGAGAUCUUGAGUGAUAGUAGAACUAUAUCAAUGAUGGAAUCACAGUUGAGAGCGGAACCGACGAUGCCAGCAUGUGACUUGAGUAUGAGUGAAUGGCUAAUGUCCCAGGCGCUCCCAAGCCAAGAGCACCAAGCAUAUGACGUCUUAAUUAACAACCAAUCUUUGGAGACACAAAAUUCUUGGGUACAUGAUAGUAACUAUUUGGGAGGACUACCCAUCGGAGGAAGUCAUCUACCAGACACAGAUGAUAUGAAGGAAGAUAAAUUACCUUCUGAUGGUCACAAGAACUUAAUGCGCUUUAACAACAACAACAGUGCAAUCCCUUUGCAAGGGGAUGACCUUUUGGAUGAUAUGAAGUGGAAUGGUGCAAAUUUUUCCGUUGCGGAUAACACGGCUAGAUGGAACGAGGAGGAGGAUGAUGAUUAUAAUGAGGCGGUGGUAGCAGAACUGCCUGCGAAGCAGCCUGUGGGAAACCCCUUUACCCAGGUUCUUAUGAAGGAAAACCCACCAGACAGACCCAACCAGGAGCACACAAGGAACUCCAUCCAGAGCAACAAGUCCUCAAACCAGUGCUCCAUGGAAUCCUUGCAACACAUGGAAAAUUACGAAGGAGGAAGUUAUGAUGAUCCCUCGAAACAACCAUUUAGGAAAACUGCCACCAAAUGGACAGACAGAGAAAAGGAAAUCUACUUUCAGGUGUAUGAAAAGGAAGGGAAAAAUUGGGACACCCUCGUAUUAGCCCUACAUCCUUAUGGAAAAACUCGGGAGCAAAUUAAGAACUUUUAUCAGAACACGAUUGUAAAGAGGAGGAAAAGUGAGACCUCCUAG